GCUUCUCCCUUUUCUCGUAUGACGUCGCCGGAGCUGCAGGGCUGGGUUUCCAUUUUUUGAUGCGAGUUUCGGGGGAACAACAAUAUGGAGCCGGACAUGGAGGACAAAACGUUAGAGCUGAUGAACACCUCUGUCAUGGAGUCCCAUACUGGAGAUCUGUCCCCAAAGACCACCACAGUAUUUAAGAUCACUAAUGGUCCUCUGACGAGCUCGAGGAAGAGGCCGUCGGCAGGGAACUACGAGAAGGAGAAGGACGUUUGUAUCCAGCUGUUUGACCAGUGGUCUGAGGCUGACCAGGUGGAGUUUGUGGAGCACCUGAUUUCACGCAUGUGCCACUACCAGCACGGCCACAUCAACUCCUACCUCAAACCCAUGCUCCAAAGGGACUUCAUCACAGCGCUGCCGGCUCAGGGUCUGGACCACAUAGCGGAGAACAUCCUGUCGUUCCUGGAUGCACGCUCGCUCUGCUCGGCCGAGCUGGUGUGUAAGGAAUGGCAGCGCGUCAUCUCCGAGGGGAUGCUGUGGAAGAAGCUGAUCGAGCGUAUGGUGCGCACAGACCCGCUCUGGAAGGGCCUCUCGGAGAGGCACCAGUGGGAAAAGUACUUGUUCAAGAACCGCACUACAGAAGUUCCGCCAAACUCGUACUACCGUUCUCUUUACCCAAAAAUCAUUCAGGACAUUGAGACCAUCGAGGCUAACUGGCGCUGUGGACGGCACAACCUUCAGAGGAUCCAGUGCAGAUCUGAGAACAGUAAAGGGGUCUACUGCCUCCAGUACGACGACGACAAGAUCAUCAGCGGCCUCCGAGACAACUCCAUCAAGAUAUGGGAUAAGCAGUCUUUGGAGUGUUUGAAGAUACUGACGGGGCAUACAGGGUCUGUGCUGUGUCUGCAGUAUGACGAGAGAGUCAUCGUUACGGGCUCGUCUGACUCCACAGUCAGGGUGUGGGAUGUGAACUCGGGGGAGGUACUGAACACUCUGAUUCACCAUAACGAGGCGGUGUUGCACCUGCGCUUCUGUAACGGUCUGAUGGUGACGUGUUCCAAGGACCGUUCCAUCGCCGUGUGGGACAUGGCCUCCCCCACCGACAUCAGCCUGCGCCGCGUGCUGGUGGGCCACCGGGCCGCCGUCAACGUGGUCGACUUUGACGACAAAUACAUCGUCUCCGCCUCCGGAGACCGCACCAUUAAGGUGUGGAGCACGAGCACUUGUGAAUUUGUGCGCACUCUGAAUGGUCACAAGCGUGGAAUCGCCUGCCUGCAGUACAGAGACCGCCUUGUGGUUAGCGGCUCCUCUGACAACACCAUCAGGCUAUGGGAUAUCGAGUGUGGUGCCUGUUUGCGGGUUUUGGAAGGGCACGAGGAGCUGGUUCGCUGCAUUCGGUUCGAUAACAAGAGGAUCGUGAGUGGAGCGUAUGAUGGUAAAAUUAAAGUGUGGGACCUGCAGGCUGCUCUGGACCCUCGAGCCCCGGCCAGCACUCUGUGUCUGCGAACACUGGUGGAGCACUCGGGCCGAGUGUUCCGGCUGCAGUUUGACGAGUUCCAGAUCAUCAGCAGUUCCCAUGACGACACCAUCCUCAUCUGGGAUUUCCUGAAUGUGUCGACUAACGGACAAAUGGAAGGGCGAUCGCCAUCACGCACGUACACCUACAUAUCCAGAUAGCAGGGCAGCGCUGGAGGCGUGCGGAGUGCGAGAGUGUGUGCGGGGACUGUCCUGAUGACCGAGUCUCUGUGGUAGUGUGCCAGGAUCAGAGGUCGAGGAACGCCACCCCCCUCCUCCACUCACCCAUCUCUCUCUCUCUCUCUCUCUCUCUCUCUCUCUCUCUCUCUCUCUCUCUCUCUCUCUCUCUCUCUCUCUCUCUCUCUCUACCUCCUCUCUUUUUUCCUCAUUCUGAGGGCCCCCUACACACACUCAGCCAUGCUCCUCUGUCCCUCUUCUGUGGAUGAGAUGGAGAGAGGGAUGCCAUUGAGGAAGAGCAUGGAGCUCCGCCCCCACAUCUAAAGUGAUGGCUGCCCUAGCCCCGCCCCCUGGACCCAAGGACUAUAUAUCUAUCUUGAUUUAUUUUUUUUGUUUUUUGUUUUUUUUUCCUCAUUUUUUGGUGAAAAGAAGAAGGAAAAAAAAAAAAGAAACAGUGGAAGAGAAUCUUCCAUUGAGGACUGUACUUGCAUGAAUGAAUGAAUGAUGGGACAGUAGAGCCGGUCAAACCCCCUUUUUUUCGUCUUUCUUUUUUUAAUUCUUUUCCUUUUUUAUUUGGGAAAUCAUUCAUUUCGCUUUCUUUGUGAUAUUGUACUAAUAAUUGUAAUUCUCUCCCUUUUCCAAAUUCUCUUCUCCGAUAUGUCGCGCUGUCCCUCCAUUUCCCUGCUAGCUCUAGCUUUAUCUUUCUCUCCUCCUCCGUCUUGGUCCCUUUUGCUGUCCGCUUGUCUAGGUUCCGAAUGACCCAUAACUGAUCUGAAUUUAGUUGUAAACAGAAAUGUCUUGUCUAAAAUGGUGUUGUAUAUUGAAAAGAUUUUUUAAAGGAAAAAAAAAAACAUUAUUAUUAAUAAGAAUAAAGUACUUGACUGUGAAGGAGUGUUAACAAGCUGGCGCAA